AUGUUCGGCAUAGUUCGGGUCGCUUUCUCAAUUCACACGAGCGCCAGCUUCAAGGCCGGUAGCAGUGCUUUCAAGUCGCACAACUGCACCGACGUUCGUUUCCAGCACAAGCCGCUGCCUCGGGCAGCGGUUGCUCGGCGUCGGCUAUGGCGUUCGCCUCUGGUACUGUGCGAUCAGAGGCGUAAAGACGCUUCGUCGAAGGCGGAGACUUUCGGAAGCGCAAAUUCAAAUGAAAGCACAACGAACGCUGACGCAACCGUGAACCUCGAACGAGGUCAGAGUGCAGAGGCAGCAAACCCGGGGGUGCCAACGUCCGGCGGACCGCGGCGACGUUCCCCGUUUGAGGACUUGGUCGACGGAGCUUCCGAUGGUUUCGGGGGACCCACAUCCCCAGGGCUUCCUCGACGACGCUCCAACCUAUCCGAGCAGAACGAGAGGAUUCGAGCACUCCUGGGCCUCGAGAAACGUGACACCUCGGAGCGUACCCAGCAGCGGCCAGCGGCGCCCGUUCCCGAGCGCCCAGCAACCACGGUGACGAGCACGGAGAACGCACCAGGCCUGAUCGACCUAACAGGGGACGGUGGUGUGCUCCGCGAGUUGCUCUCCCGAGGGGCACCAGAGAAAGCGGCGAACAAACAGACGCCGGUGCAAAGUACGUCGGGCAGUCGCCUUCGGGUGCACUAUGUUGGCAAACUAGCGGAGACUGGCCAGAUAUUCGAUGCAUCUCGCGAGCGACAGGAACCUUUUGAGUUUAUCCUGGGUGAAGGGAGUGUGAUUAAGGGUUGGGAGGCCGGUCUGGUUGGUCUAGCGGCCGGCGAUGUCGUGCGUCUGGUAUGUGCUCCCGCUUAUGCCUAUGGACUGCGCGGAGUGCCGCCGGUGAUCCCGCCUCGCGCGAAACUUGAGUUCGAGGUUGAGGUGCUGGAGGUGUUACCGGCCGCACCGGGCAACAGCGAAGCCCAGAGCAAAUCAUCUUUGCGUGCUCUCGACGAAGAUGACGUUCCACGUACCCCAGAAGAUAUUUCUCGCGCCUAUAUCAAACGUCUCGAGGAGCGCGCCGCGAAUCCAAAGAAGGAAUCGAAAUGGUUUAUCAUCUCGCCUUUUGCGAGUGCGACUGGAGAGCGACCGCCGUGGUGGUUGAAUCCUAACAUCACUUUCCUGAUCAUAUUUUCCGUGCUCGGUCUGGCGACGUAUGCCGUAUAUGUGUCGGGUGGCAUUCGUCAGGGGUUUCCGCCCUCGUAG